AUAGAUCAUUUGAGAGUUUCAAAUUUACAACACUAAGAACAUACGCAUAUCAUUACAAUUUUUGCAACAUUCAUUCUAAGUUAUCAAUCUCUCUUCCUAUGAAAGACCUUGGCCAAUUGUCUUAUUUUCUAGGUCUUGAAAUAGACUAUUUUGCAUUUGGAUUAUUCAUGUUUCAAUGUAAAUAUAUUAAAGAUUUGCUUACUCGAAGCAAUAUGUUGGGUGCCAAGCCCAUGACCUCUCCCGGUAGCUUCUCUUAAACUCUCACAAUUUGAUUCUGCUUCAUUUGAUGAUAGUACAAUAUUUCGAAGUAUUGUUGGUGGGUUGCAAUAUCUUUCCUUUUUAAGCUCAAGCAUAUCCUUUGUAGUAAAUAAGGUGUGUCAAUUUAUGCAUUGUCCCAAAUUAACUCUGGUCUGUUGUUAAAAGGAUACUGAGGUAUCUCAAAUCAAUAUCAAUCAAGAUCUGUUUUUUAAGUUUUCAUUCUCUUUAACAUUACAAGCAUACUCAGAUGUAAACUAGGUUGGCUAUCCAGAUGACAGACAGUCCAUAAGUGGUUUCUGUGUAUUCUUAGGCAACCAUAUUAUAUCAUGAAGCUCCAAAAAGUAGAAAAUAGUGGCCAGGUCCAAGACAGAAGUCGAAUAUAAAACUCUUUUCCUCUACAGUUGCUGAAUUAAUUUGGCUUCAAACCAUGCUUCAAGAAUUGGGCAUUUUCUUAUCCAAGUCUCCUACAUUCUGGUGUGACAACAUUGGAGCUACCUACCUCUCGGAUAACCUUGUUUAUCACUCAAGAAUCCAGCACAUGGAUAUAGACUAUCACUUUGUUCAUGACAGAAUUGCUACCAAGGCCUUGCAAAUUUUAUUUUGUAGCUCAAAUGAUCAAAUUACUGAUGUACUCACUAAACCUUUAGUUUCAAACAAAUUUUCGCUUUUUAGAUCGAGUCUCACUGUUGUAAAUACUCCACUGAACUCAACGGGGCAUAUUAACCUGACAAUUCUGUUAUACUUACACUAGGGUCAUAAUGGCAAAUUCUAGAAUAGUUUUUAUUUUUCCUUUCAUUUCAUGUCAUAACAGAAAAGAUUCUGUUACUUCCGUAUAAAAACGAACCUUUCGCAAUACAAUUACGAUGAAAUUCAUGAAAAGUGCCUCGGUCUACUGUUGGCACGCCUGCGGUCAAAGCUGACGGCACACUAACACUGCCCAUGAGCUUUAUAUUCAAUGAUUCUUCAUUUCACAAUGCUACGCGUUCUCUGCUAAUUCCAAAUCAAAGUGAUUUUUGCGCCCAUAUAGCACUUCUACUUACUGGGUUUCUUAAAUCUGCUUUGCUGUUGAUGAACUUGCUCUCGGUCUGUUCUUCUUGACUUAGUCGGCUGCGAAACAGCUGCUUGGUACUUAAUGCCGGAACUCAAUUCUGUAAAAUCAUAGUAUUUCUUCGUUGGUAGCUGCAUGUCUUGGAAUUUGGGCUGCUGGUUCAGAUAAUUCCGACCCUCUUUUACAAAAAUCGUUUCUUAUCUUUUUCUGCAUAACUUUUUUUUUCCCUUUUUUGUUUUCUUUUUGUGGGACUCUGUUUACUAUACGAGUUGGAUUUCAAGCCCUCGCUGGGAGCCAUAUGAUCUAAGACUUUGAAUACCUGGAUUCAUCACAAUUUUAUUGCUCUAUUUUGUAGGUGUGCUAGAAAUUUCUUGCCUUUCUAUGCUAGUUUUGCGACAACAGAAGGAUAACUGUAAUUCUCUUUUAUUGACCAAAUUAAAUCAGGAGUUUUCUGCGAGUUUUGAUAUCGGAAUAGACUACCCAUUUUAGCCAAUUGGUAUAGAAACAGAGCAGCUGGAUUGAAGAUACUCUAUUAUUGGAUGAAGAACAAUUGUGCUGAAGUUGUUGAGCUUCGAUAUUAUUGUACAAUUAAGGUUCAUCGUUUAAUGUGUUUAGAACUCAAGAAAUUCAUUGACAGAAUCUCGGAAAUAUUACCAGCCAUCGAGUCUGCCCGGCCACGAUGCACAUCGGGAAUACAGGCACUGUGCACAUUAAAAAUUGCAAUGGAUAAAGCAAAAUUACUUAUACAGCACUGCUCAGAGUCCAGUAAACUCUUCCUGGCAAUUACAACAGAGAGGAUAGUUUCCAGAUGUGAGAAAAUACAAAAAACUUUGGUAGUAUCUUUGAGUCAAAUUCAAAAUAUGGUCCCAUUGCUAUUGGCUGGAAAGAUAUCUGGAAUUGCCCGUGAUCUUAAGCACACAAAGUUUCCCCUUGAACCUGCGGAAGAAGAGGUUGGGAAGGUUAUAUUAGUAUUGCUUCGACAAGCAAUUCCUGUGUCCAAUUCUGUGAAUGAUUUAGAACUCGAGGCUGUUCGACUUGCGGCUUUGACACUAAAAAUUACAUCCCCUUCUGCAGUUUUGAUAGAGAAAAGAUCUAUUAAGUGUUUACAUGAUAAAGCCACUGACACAGACCCUAAGAAAAAAAUCUUGAAGUGGUUGUUCUAUCUUUUGAGGAAAUAUGGAGAAAUAAUUGGACGAUACCAGGAUCAUGACAGCCAUAUGCAGUGUGAUGAGACUCGAGCUGAUGACUUUGGUACACCCGAACCUCCCAAGGAGUUCAAAUGUCCCAUCACUAUGCAGGUGAUGCAUGAUCCAAUGAUUAUUGCUUCUGGGAAGACGUUUGAACAAUUUUGGAUAGAGCGGUGGUUUAAUGAGGGUAACCAGACAUGCCCUAUAACUCAUAUGAAGCUUGACAACUUGUUCAUGACUCCAAACUCUAUACUGAAGGAACUCAUAUAAGCUUGGUCUUCCAGGCAGGAGAUUACUAUUCCUGACCCAUAUUUAGAACCAAACAUUUCCUCUCUUUUCCCCCUGGAUUCUUCGUUUUCCAGUUCCAUUGCCAGCUUUCCUAGUUUUGCGAAUAACUUGAACCUUCAACUUAGUGCUGUGUCCAUACGCUCUUCAGGGACUGAUGAUGUUUCAGAAAGUUUAGAUGACUUUAGUGAAAGCAGAAUAAGUAGUAGGCAUGGACCGAAAAAUGCAGUUUCUGAAAAACUUAACCACUCUACAGAGAGUUAUGGAAAUAUGUUAGCUUCUCUUUCCAGACUUGCUGCACAUUCAUGGGGAUCACAGUGCAAGACAGUUAGAGAUGUGAACAAAACACUUCAGGAAAAUAAACAAGCAUGUCAUACUUCAAUUUCCAACAGUUGUGUCGAACCUUUGAUUAAAUUUUUGAAGGAUCCACAUGAAUUAAAUGAUGUAAAAGAACAGAGAGAUGGAGCAGAGGUGCUGUUGGCGAUUUUGAGAAAUAACAGCAGUGAAAUGCUACUAUUUGAUAAAGAUGGGAUUUACGUGUUGGCAUCGUAUAUUGAAACUGAAAUCACUGGAGAAGUCCUUGGUAUCAUAGAGGUUUUGUCUUCCCAACCUGAAUACAAGUCUAUGAUAGGGGAAUCUGGUGUUCUUCCUUCCAUUCUUAAAGUCCUGGAUACCAAGAUCAGGGACUUUCAGAGUAUUGCCAUGAAGAUACUGUGUAAUUUGUCCUGCAAUUGUGAUAUUGGAUACCAUAUAGUGUAUUUGGAGUUCAUUCCAAAGCUGAUUAAGUUAUUGGGUGAUCCAGAUUUGGCACGGUUUUGCAUUGAGAUCAUUAGGAACCUAUGCAGUAUAGAGGAGGUUAGGAUUGUAGUAGCUGAAAGCAGCUCAUGCAUCAGUGACAUUUCCCAAAUACUUGAAACUGGAACAAAGGAGGAACAAGAACAUGCUGCAAGUGUUCUUCUUUUUGUAUGUCGUGAGCAUGUUGACUUCUGUCAACUGGUCAUGAGAGACACCAUCAUACAAUCUUUGGUUGAUUUGUCUCUCAAUGGGAAUUCUAGAGGUCAAAUAAUUGCCUCUGAAUUGCUCCACCUCUUGGAACAUGUAAAAGAUGAUCCUCUAGAAUGUUCAAUUCCCGAAACUGAUCUAACCCUGCUUGACAUCUCAAGCUCCUCCAGUAGCCAGUAUGAAGAUAAGAAACCAUCUUACUGGGCAUUUCGGUUCUUCGGAAAGAUUUUAUCACUAUAUUUGUAACGCCCUUGAUGGCUUGCAAAAUUUCAUAUUGCAGAUUUUACAAGUUCGCUCGAGCGGAGGCUUUUGGCCGCUCGAGCGAAUUCAGGCAGAUUCAAACGCUCGACUGCCGCUCGACAGGGAGCUCGAGCGGG